AGUGGGAGGACAGCACAGAGCUUUCCAUCGUCCUCACAGCGCUUAAAAACCGACAUGCUACUAGUCUUUUAUUUCACCAGAUAACGUCUUCCUGACUUCUGGAAGUCGGUGGACUUGUCCGGAGCAAGAAACGGACCAAAAAAACUACACACAAACGCGACUUGAGUGAAGAGCUUGGAAUCACAUUACUCAGUUCAUCACUAAAUUUUUGCAGCGAUGAAUGCCAAAGCAGCCAUCAACAAAGAGAUCUUCACCCCGCACAAUGAGAAGAUGCUGGCGGCUGUGCAGGUGAAGAGACGGACAAAGAAGAAAAUUCCCUUUCUGGCUACAGGUGGUCAGGGUGACUACAUGACGUUUAUUUGCCUAUCAGUGUUCAUCAUAUUGGCAGCCUGUAGCACUGUGUCGCCUCACAGCAAGAAGGUCCUGGGUUCAAUUCCCAGGUGGAGUGGUCCAGGUCCUUUCUGUGUGGAGGUUGCAUGUUCUCCCUGUGUCUGUGUGGGUUUCCUCCGGGAGCUCCGGUUUCCUCUCACAAUCCAAAGGCAUGCAAUGACCGUUAAAAAGCCAACACAGGUCUCCAUCACAAAAGUGAAGCAGUUUGAGGGCUCCUCCGCUUUUGUUAGGAGAUCCCAGUGGACUCUCGACCAGCUGAGGCAGGUGAAUGGCAUCGACCCAAACAGGGAUUGUCCAGAAUUUGAUUUGACAUUUGAGAAUGGGUUUGACCAGUGGGUGGCAGGUUCAGCUGGGGACAAGUGCGUGUUUGUUCAAGUCCUACACAACACCUGCCAACGCUACAGUGCAGAUAGAAAACCAGAAUUUGUCAACUGCCAGUCCAAACUUCUUGGAGUAGUGGAGGAUGAGUCGGUAAAAUCGGUUGUUUUCCGUUACAAGAGCUUGUUGAACAGACUGAGGAAGAGAGUUGUAUCAGAUCCAGGUGUUCUGCUUCGAACAGGUAACAGUAUCCUGCACUCUGCAGCAGACAGUGUGAGCAGUGCAGUGCAGAAGGCCAGUCAGGCACUGAAUGAGCGUGGAGAGAGGCUGGGUCGUGCGGAGGAGAAGACUGGAGACAUGAUGAACAGUGCUCAGCAGUUUGCUGAUACUGCACAUAAGCUGGCCAUGAAGCACAAAUGCUAAACUGUGCCAAAUCUCGGGGGGGUUCUGCCAAUGAUGCCCGUCGCACUUGCAGUGGAUGGAUUUUAGAUCUUAUUCUGUUAACAAAAUGAUGUAAAACUAGUAUUUUGCCAGUUUUAAUUUUCUACAUUUGUCUGACAUCUCAAGAAGGGGAGUUGAAGUCUGGACUAUUUUGAAUUCUGCUGAUUGUAAGUGCCCAAAAACAAGUAUAAGGCCUUUUCUUUUUAGGCUUCACCUCCCUUUUUUCUGUUUUUUCGUACAAUGUGGGGAACAAGUGCAGAGCUUACUGGGCACCAGGACGCAGAACCAUACAGAAGGAAAUAGGACACGUUGUAUAACAUUACUGGUGGAUGUACACAAGACAAAAUUAUUUAUUAGUCUAUACACCCAGUGAUUUGACUUGCACCCCUACAGCAUUUUACACAUUAGCAAUGUAACCUAACUAAACAACAGCAGUGGGUGUUGAAAGAAAUGACAAAUGAUACAUUCAUCUUUGCUUUAAAAAUAACACAGCAGUAUCACUCUUGGAUGAUGUGUUAUAUUAAUACAAUACUUUUGCUUACACGACCUUUCUAAUACAUGUAGUAAUAAGUCAUAGUGUAUUCAGUAGUUCAGAUUAAACAAAAAAUGGUUUCAUGUCAAAUAUUCAAAUGUAAAUAGAAGCAUUUUGCUUCAACCGAUUUCUUGUUUUCGCCAUUUUAAAUUGCACAGAGUUAAUUUAUCAUGUAGACUUUAUAAUAUUAACUAAUUAACUAAUUGGGAUGUUGUAAGACAUAAAAUGUCCCUCUAUUACCCAAGUGAUCUGAUCUUAUUUUACAACAUUCAAAUUUAAUAUUUGGUGAGAAUAUUGCAUUUUGAAGGUUACCAUGAACUGCAUAACUUAAUAGUUUAGUCCCUGUAGUUUGUUACAUAAAUAUAAAUACAUACAUAAAUAUAAAUACAUACUCUAACUUACUCACACUAACAUUUUAUACACUGUAGUUCUUUUUAUUAUAUUAUUCAUUUUGUAACAAUGUGGUAUUUUCCUUUUUAAUGAACGUGUGUUAUUUUGUUUUAUGGUCAAACUAAACAGGUGUUUCUAGUAAACACAUUUAUGAAUUAAACAUGUUUAAACUUUGUGAAUAAGUGAUUCAUGAACUGUUUCAUUGUUAGGUUUUUUGGGACUUUCAAAUUAUUAGUCCCUAAUAACUGUAGCUUAAAACCCCAUCACAGGCUCCACCACACAUGCAGCAGUUGCUUACUCUGUUUUUAAAUGCUUUUUACCCUUUAAUAGCAUGGACACACCAAUUAUUUCCAGGCAGGAGCUUUACAUAUCAGGUGUGAAAAUGUACAAAGUUCCUGAUCAAUAUGUAAACAUUACCUGUUACACUUGAGAUUGAUAUUAAGCAGGUCUAUUUGUUGAUUAUAAUGGUUGUGUACAGCUGAGUCCAUCAAUUUCAGGAUUGCAGAGCCAAUGCUGUCUUGUGACAGCCUCUUUUUUUCCUUUUAAACAUAGAUAAAUGGUUCAAAUUUGUGUACAGCUGCUUGUGGUCAGGAAGUUAACUGAGUAGUUACAGCAUUCUUUUUUCAUUUACUAUGAAACCAAAAUUCUCAGAUGAAAAAGCUUUUUUUUCCAUGUAGAUAUUUGCCACAUCUUUUUGAUUUAUGUCUAUCUUUUAGUCCUAACAAAGUGGUGCCUUUUUAAAAACCUGUU